GCUGCUCCAACAACGGUGCAACCUACAACUACAGCUACACCUACAACAGCAGCACCUACAACUCCUGCUAAUCCGACGACGGUGCAACCUACAACCACUGCUGCACCUACGACAGCAGCACCUACUACUGUUGCAACAACAACAGCAGCACCUACAACUACUGCUGCUCCGACAACGGUGCAACCUACAACUACUGCUACACCUACAACUGCAGCCCCUACUACUGCAACUACUGCUGCUCCGACAACGGUGCAACCUGCAACUACUGCUAAUCCGACAACGGUGCAACCUACAACUACUGCUGCACUUACGACAGCAGCACCUACAACUACUGCUGCUCCAUCAACGGUGCAAACUACAACCACUGCUUCACCUACAGCUGCAACCCCUACUACUGUUGCAACAACAACAGCAGCAUAUACAACUACUGCUGCUCCGACAACGGUGCAACCUACAACUAAAGCUACACCCACAACUGCAGCCCCUACUACUGUUGCAACAACAACAGCAGCACCUACAACUACUGCUGCUCCGACAACAGUGUCACCUACAACUACUGCUGCACCUACGACAACAGCACCUACUACUGAAGCAACAACAACAGCAGCACCUACAACUACUGCUGCUCCAUCAACGGUGCAAACUACAACCACUGCUUCACCUACAACUGCAGCCCCUACUACUGUUGCAACAACAACAGUAGCACCCACAACUACUGCUGCUCCGACAACAGUGCCACCUACAACUACUGCUGCUCCGACGACGGUGCAACCUACAACUACUGCUAAUCCGACAACGGUGCAACCUACAACUACUGCUGCACCCACGACAGCAGCACCUACUACUGUUGCAACAACAACAGCAGCACCUACAACUACUGCUGCUCCGACAACGGUGCAACCUACAACUACUGCUAAUCCGACAACGGUGCAACCUACAACUACUGCUGCACCUACGACAGCAGCACCUACUACUGUUGCAACAACAACAGCAGCACCUACAACUCCUGCUGCUCCAUCAACGGUGCAAACUACUAUUACUGCUUCACCUACGACUGCAGCCCCUACUACUGUUGCAACAACAACAGCAGCACCUACAACUACUGCUGCUCCGACAACAGUGCCACCUACAACUACUGCUGCUCCGACGACGGUGCAACCUACAACUACUGCUAAUCCGACAACGGUGCAACCUACAACUGCUGCUGCACCUACAACAGCAGCACCUACUACUGUUGCAACAACAACAGCAGCACCUACAACUACUGCUGCUCCGACAACAGUGCAACCUACAACUACUGCUGCACCUACGACAGCAGCAACUACUACUGAAGCAACAACAACAGCAGCACCUACAACUACUGCUGCUCCGACAACGGUGCAACCUACAACUACUACUACACCUACAACUGCAGCCCCUACUACUGUUGCAACAACAACAGCAGCACCCACAACUACUGCUGCCCCAACGACAGCAGCACCUACUACUGUUGCCACAACAACAGCAGCACCUACAACUAGUGCUGCUCCAUCAACGGUGCAAACUACAACCACUGCUAAUCCGACAACGGUGCAACCUACAACUACUACUGCACCUACGACGGCAGCACCUACUACUGUUGCAACAACAACAGCAGCACCUACAACUACUGCUGCUCCGACAACGCUGCAACCUACAACUACUGCUAAUCCGACAACGGUGCAACCUACAACUACUGCUGCACCUGCUGCUCCGACAACAGUGCCACCUACAACUACUGCUGCUCCGACGACGGUGCAACCUACAACUACUGCUAAUCCGACAACGGUGCAACCUACAACUACUGCUGCACCUACGACAGCAGCACCUACUACUGUUGCAACAACAACAGCAGCACCUACAACUACUGCUGCUCCGACAACAGUGCAACCUACAACUACUGCUAAUCCGACAACGGUGCAACCUACAACUACUGCUGCACCUACGACAGCAGCACCUACUACUGCAACUACUGCUGCUCCGACAACGGUGCAACCUACAACUACUGCUAAUCCGACAACGGUGCAACCUUCAACUACUGCUGCACCUACGACAGCAGCACCUACUACUGAAGCAACAACAACAGCAGCACCUACAACUACUGCUGCUCCGACAACGGUGCAACCCACAACUACUGCUAAUCCGACAACGGUGCAACAUACAACUACUGCUACACCUACAACUGCAGCCCCUACUACUGUUGCAACAACAACAGCAGCACCUACAACUACUGCUGCUCCGACAACGGUGCAACCUACAACUACUGCUAAUCCGACAACGGUGCAACCUACUACUGUUGCAACAACAACAGCAGCACCUACAACUACUGCUGCUCCGACAACAGUGUCACCUACAACUACUGCUGCACCUACAACAACAGCACCUACUACUGUUGCAACAACAACAGCAGCACCUACAACUACUGCUGCUCCGACAACAGUGUCACCUACAACUACUGCUGCACCUACAACAACAGCACCUACUACUGUUGCAACAACAACAGCAGCACCUACAACUACUGCUGCUCCAUCAACGGUGCAACCUACAACUACUGCUAAUCCGACCACGGUGCAACCUUCACCUACAACUGCAGCCCCUACUACUGUUGCAACAUCAACAGCAGCACCUAACACUACUGCUGCUCCGACAACAGUGCCAACUACAACUACUGCUGUCCCUAAAACUGCAGCCCCUACUACUGAAGCAACAACAACAGCAGCACCUACAACUACUGCUGCUCCGACAACAGUGCCACCUACAACUACUGCUGCACCUGCACCAACAACUGCAGCUCCUACCACUAUGGGUCCUACAACAUUAGCACCUAUGACUGGAGCCCCUACAACAGCUGCACCCACAACUGAAGCACAAACAACUGCAGCUCCUACGACUGCCGCACCUACCACAGUCGCUCCUACAACUGCGGCUCCUACGACGGCCGUACCUACAACCGAGGCUCCUACAACUGCAGCACCUACCACGGUUGCUGCUACAACUGCAGCACCUACAACUGCCUCACCUACAACCGGCGCUCAAACGACAGCCAAACCUACAACAGCUGCACCAACAACUGCAGCUCCUACAACAUUAUCACCUACGACUGGAGCCCCUACAACAGCUGCACCGACAACUGUUGCUGCUACAACUGCAGCACCUAUAACUGCCUCACCUACAACCGGCGCUCAAACUACUGCCAAACCUACAACAGCUGCACCAACAACUGCAGCUCCUACCACUAUGGCUCCUACAACAUUAGCGCCUACGACUGGAGCCCCUACAACAGCUGCACCCACAACUGAAGCACAAACAACUGCAGCUCCUACGACUGCCGCACCUACCACAGUCGCUCCUACAACUGCGGCUUCUACGGCGGCCGUACCUACAACCGAGGCUCCUACGACUGCAGCACCUACCACUGUUGCUGCUACAAGUGCAGCACCAACAACUGCCUCACCUACAACCGGCGCUCAAACGACAGCCAAAGCUACAACAGCUGCACCCACAACUGCAGCUCCUACCACUAUGGGUCCUACAACAUUAGCACCUACGACUGGAGCCCCUACAACAGCUGCACCUACAACAGCAGCAACCACAACAGCUGCUCCUACCACUAUUGCUCCUACAACUACAGCCCCUACAACACGUGCACCAACAACCAAGGCUCCUACGACUGGAGCCCCUACAACAGCUGCACCGACAACUGUUGCUGCUACAACUGCAGCACCUACAACUGCCUCACCUACAACAGGCGCUCAAACUACUGCCAAACCUACAACAGCUGCACCAACAACUGCAGCUCCUACCACUAUGGGUCCUACAACAUUAGCACCUAUGACUGGAGCCCCUACAACAGCUGCACCCACAACUGAAGCACAAACAACUGCAGCUCCUACGACUGCCGCACCUACCACAGUCGCUCCUACAACUGCGGCUCCUACGACGGCCGUACCUACAACCGAGGCUCCUACAACUGCAGCACCUACCACGGUUGCUGCUACAACUGCAGCACCUACAACUGCCUCACCUACAACCGGCGCUCAAACGACAGCCAAACCUACAACAGCUGCACCAACAACUGCAGCUCCUACAACAUUAUCACCUACGACUGGAGCCCCUACAACAGCUGCACCGACAACUGUUGCUGCUACAACUGCAGCACCUACAACAGCAGCACCUACAACUGCCUCACCUACAACCGGUGCUCAAACUACUACCAAACCUACAACAGCUGCACCAACAACUGCACCUCCUACCACUAUGGCUCCUAUAACAUUAGCACCUACAACCGAGGCUCCUACGACUGCAGCAUCUACCACUGUUGCUGCUACAACUGCAGCACCUACAACUGCCUCACCUACAACCGGCACUCAAACUACUGCCAAACCUACAACAGCUGCACCAACAACUGCACCUCCUACCACUAUGGCUCCUAUAACAUUAGCACCUACAACUGGAGCUCCUACGACUGCCGCACCUACCACAGUCGCUCCUACAACUGCGGCUCCUACGACGGCCGUACCGACAACCGAGGCUCCUACGACUGCAGCACCUACCACUGUUGCUGCUACAAGUGCAGCACCUACAACAGCAGCACCUACAACUGCCUCACCUACAACCGGCGCUCAAACGACAGCCAAACCUACAACAGCUGCACCAACAACUGCAGCUCCUACUACUAUGACUGGAGCCCCUUCAACAGCUGCACCCACAACUGAAGCACAAACAACUGCAACUCCUACGACUGCAGCAACCACAACAGCAGCCCCUACGACUAUUACUCCUACAACACUUGCACCAACAACCGAGGCUCCUACGACUGCAGCACAAACAACUGUUGCUGCUACAACUGCAGCACCAACAACUGCCUCACCUACAACCGGCGCUCAAACGACAGCCAAACCUACAACAGCUGCACCCACAACUGAAGCACAAACAACUGCAGCUCCUACGACUGCCGCACCUACCACAGUCGCUCCUACAACUGCGGCUCCUACGACGGCCGUACCUACAACCGAGGCCCCUACGACUGCAGCAGCUACCACUGUUGCUGCUACAACUGCAGCACCAACAACUGCCUCACCUACAACCGGCGCUCAAACGACAGCCAAACCUACAACAGCUGCACCAACAACUGCAGCUCCUACAACAUUAUCACCUACGACUGGAGCCCCUACAACAGCUGCACCGACAACUGUUGCUGCUACAACUGCAGCACCUACAACUGCCUCACCUACAACCGGCGCUCAAACUACUGCCAAACCUACAACAGCUGCACCAACAACUGCACCUCCUACCACUAUGGCUCCUAUAACAUUAGCACCUACAACUGGAGCCCCUACGACUGCCGCACCUCCCACAGUCGCUCCUACAACUGCGGCUCCUACGACGGCCGUACCUACAACCGAGGCUCCUACGACUGCAGCACCUACCACUGUUGCUGCUACAACAGCUGCACCAACAACUGCAGCUCCUACAACAUUAGCACCUACGACUGGAGCCCCUACAACAGCUGCACCGACAACUGUUGCUGCUACAACUGCAGCACCUACAACUGCCUCACCUACAACCGGCGCUCAAACUACUGCCAAACCUACAACAGCUGCAACAACAACUGCAGCUCUUACCACUAUGGCUCCUACAACAUUAGCACCUACGACUGGAGCCCCUACAACAGCUGCACCCACAACUGAAGCACAGACAACUGCAACUCCUACGACUGCAUCACCUACCACUGUUGGUCCAACAAAUGCAGCAAUUAUAACAGCAGCAGCUACAACUGCCUCACCUACAACAAGCAAUCCAACGACGACCGCACCUACAACUGCAGCUCCUACGACUGCCGCACCUACCACAGUCGCUCCUACAACUGCGGCUCCUACGACGGCCGUACCUACAACCGAGGCCCCUACGACUGCAGCACCUACCACUAUUGCUGCUACAACUGCAGCACCUACAACUGCCUCACCUACAACCGGCGCUCAAACUACUGCCAAACCUACAACAGCUACACCAAUAACUGCAGCUCCUUCUACUAUGGCUCCUACAACAUUAGCGUCUACGACUGGAGCCCCUACAACAGCUGCACCGACAACUGUUGCUGCUACAACUGCAGCACCUACAACAGCAGCACCUACAACUGCCUCACCUACAACCGGUGCUCAAACUACUACCAAACCUACAACAGCUGCACCAACAACUGCAGCUACUACCACUAUGGUUCCUACAACAUUAGCGCCUACGACUGGAGCACCUUCAACAGCUGCACCCGCAACUGAAGCACAUACAACUGCAACUCCUACGACUGCAGCACCUACCACUGUUGGUCCAACAAAUGCAGCAAUUACAACAGCAGCCCCUACCACUAUUGCUCCUACAACUACAGCCCCUACAACACUUGCACCAACAACCGAGGCUCCUACAACUGCAGCACCUACCACUGUUGCUGCUACAACUGCCUCACCUACAACCGGCGCUCAAACGACAGCCAAACCUACAACAGCUGCACCGACAACUGCAGCUCCUACAACAUUAGCACCUACGACUGGAGUCCCUACAACAGCUGCACCGACAACUGUUGCUGCUAGAACUGCAGCACCUACAACUGCCUCACCUACAACUGGCGCUCAAACUACUGCCAAACCUACAACAGCUGCACCAACAACUGCAGCUCCUACAACAUUAGCACCUACGACUGGAGCCCCUUCAACAGCUGCACCCACAACUGAAGCACAAACAACUGCAGCUCCUACGACUGCCGCACCUACCACAGUCGCUCCUACAACUGCGGCUCCUACGCCGGCCGUACCUACAACCGAGGCUCCUACGACUGCAGCACCUACCACUGUUGCUGCUAAAACUGCAGCACCUACAACUGCCUCACCUACAACCGGCGCUCAAACUACUGCCAAACCUACAACAGCUGCACCAACAACUGCAGCUCCUACCACUAUGGCUCCUAUAACAUUAGCACCUACAACUGGAGCCCCUACAACAGCUGCACCCACAACUGAAGCACAGACAACUGCAACUCCUACGACUGCAGCACCUACCACUGUUGGUCCAACAAAUGCAGCAAUUAUAACAGCAGCAGCUACAACUGCCUCACCUACAACAAGCAAUCCAACGACGACCGCACCUACAACUGCAGCUCCUACGACUGCCGCACCUACCACAGUCGCUCCUACAACUGCGGCUCCUACGACGGCCGUACCUACAACCGAGGGCCCUACGACUGCAUCACCUACCACUGUAUCAGCUACAACUGCCUCACCUACAACAAGCAAUCCAUCGACGACCGCACCUAAAACAGCAGCACCCACAAGUGCUGCACCAACUACCCCGCUUGCAACCACUGAUGCACCCACAUCAGCAGCCCCUUCGAGUGUUGCAAAAAACCCUGCUACUCUGACGAGUGCAGCACCUACAACUGGCACUUCCAUGACAUCAGCAACAACAAGAGCUGCACUUUCAACUGCAGCAUCUACGACAGCAGACCCUAACACUGUCACGCCAACUACACCUGUUGCAACAAACACUGUGGGAUCAGAAACUGCUUAUAUUCUCUCAGCAGAACUGAUAAGACCGACUUAUUCACCUGCCCUCAGUAACUCCAACAGCGAUGAAUAUAAAGCACUUAAAGUAACAAUACAAAAAGCGUGUAACGAGAAAUACAGCCUCAAAUUCCCAACUACGUUUUCCGACUGCCGUUUGAAAAGCUUCAGUGCCUUAAAUACACCACAAGGGUCUGAAACUAAAGCAACUGUGGGGGUUGUGUUCCAUGGGACUACUGCCAUUGCAGAUCUCCCACAGAAUGAUAUUGUUGCUCAAACCUUAGUAGAAGCGCUGAGUAAUUCCAACAAUAUUCCUAACCUGAGCAUUAAUCCCACUUCAGUCAAAGUAUUGGAAAGUCCAGUGCCAGAUAUAAUUACAACUGAUGCACCAGCAACCACACCAGUUGCAGCAGCAACAAACACAGCAGCCCCGGAUCAUAGUUAUGUUCUAAACGUAGAAUUAAUAGGAGAAGCUUUUUCCCCUGCUCUCACUAACACCAGCAGCAAGGAAUACAAAGCACUUGAAAAAAUAAUUUUAAAUGCGUGUGGUGAAAUAUACAGAAAAACCUAUCCCAAAACCUUUUCCCACUGCCUUUUGAAAGAAUUCCGUGCCUCAAAUGUAACACGAGUUACUGAAACUCGGGCGACUUUUGCAGCUGUGUUCCAUGGGAAUACUUCUCAAGCAGAACUCCCAAUGAAUUCUGCUGUUAUUAAAGACUUCAUACUAGCUGUCAAUAAUUCCGACAAUGCCUUCAACUUGAGCAUAAAUCCCACCUCAGUCAUGAUAUUAGACAGUCCAGUUGAAGAUCCGAUUACGACUGCUCCACCUACAACCACACCAUCCGCAGCAACAACAACACCUGCAGCCCCUGAACCCACUUAUAUUCUCUCAGCAGAAUUUAAAGAAGUGGCUUUUUCACCUGCCCUCACUGACUCCAACAGCAAUGAAUACAAAGCACUUGAAACAGCAGCUCUAAAUGCGUGUAAGAAGAAAUACAGAAGCAUGUUUCCAAACACGUUUUCCCACUGCAUUUUGAAAAACUUCAGAUCCUUAAAUCCACCAAAAGACAACAAAACUCAAGCAACUGUGGGGAUUGUGUUCCAUGGGACUACUGCCAUUGCAGAUCUCCCACAGAAUGAUGUUGUUGCUCAAACCUUAGUAGAAGCUCUGAAUAAUUCCACCAAUAGUCCUAACCUGAGCAUUAAUCCUGCUUCAGUCAGAGUAUUAGCAAGUCCAGUUCCAGAUAAGAUAACAACUGCACCAACAACACCUGCUGCAACAAACACAGUAGCCUCUGCACCUACAUAUUUUCUCUCAGCAAGAUUGACAGAACCAGCUUUUUCACCUGCCCUCACUAACACCAGCAGCCCUGAAUACAAAGCACUUGAAGGAAAAGUUCUAAAUGCGUGUGAUAAAACAUAUAGAACAAAAUAUCCCAAAACAUUUUCCCACUGCACUUUGAAAGGAUUCAGUGCCGUAAAUCCACGAAUUUCCGAUACUCAAGUGACGAUGGCAGUUGUGUUCCAUGGGAAUACUUCUCAAGCAGACCUCCCAAUGAAUUCUGUUGUUGUUAAAAACUUCGUACAAGCUGUAAACAAUCCCGACAAUGGCUUCAAUCUGAGC